CUUUUAGUUUGGCCCGUUGAGUGAAACCCUAACGUACGCCAAAGUCCGAUCUUUGUUCCUUAGUGCGGGGCGGGGCUGCGCGGAAAUACAUGGACCGCCGGCAAAAUGUUUAAGCUGUUGAUUCAACCUGUAAAUGCUGCUUGCAAAUAUGAGUAGGUAAAAGGUAUAAAUAAACGUCAUUCUCAACAAUAUAUUUCAGACCUUACACCAUCCAAUCCAGUUCCCAACUAUAACUCCUCACCCUUACCACUCUCUUACUCUACCCAAGAUGCGUUCUUCAAUCGCUUUACUCAUCGCUUCAGCUUCAGCAGCUGUUUUGAUCGCAACUCCCGCUCGUGCUUAUGACUUCCGUCAAUUGGUAAAGUAUAGCCACCAAGAAUACCCCACCUCAAGUGACUUCUGUAAUGCAUGGGAUACAGCCUGCAAAGAAUACGUUCCAAAAGAUCAAUCUCUCAAAUAUGAAGGAUCAACUUGUGAACCUGGAGAUUACCAGGGUAAACAUGCAAAGACAGAAGCAUUGGUUGAUUGCGUCUUCGACCACAAUGGCGAUGAACAUGAACCACAACCUGUCACCCAUCACAUCGCAGCAAAGGUUCAUGCAACAUACUUGGGCGAUAAUAAUGCUUGAUCAUGUGACUUUGAAUCAAUUUUAUGUAUGUUAUGAGACACGAAGAAUAUACAUACAUUCUACACAAUAUAGUGAGAUCGAGCAAAAAAGGAAACAAUAGUGACAAUGAAAACCAAUUAAUGUAUGCUGAAGUGCGAGCAU